AUGGAUCUAAAAUUCCAAGUAGAAGAGAUCAGGAUUGUCCUAGUUGGAAAAACAGGGGUUGGGAAAAGUACAUCUGGAAACACAAUUCUUGGAAAGGAAGUUUUUAACAAAACCUCAAGCUCGAAGUCUGUGACUAGAAAGUGCAGGAAAGCUUCAGAAAAUGUUGAUAAUAAAGAAAUCACAGUGGUGGACACUCCUGGAUGGUGUGAUACAGACCUAUCUGAAGAAGAGUUGACAGAAGAAACAGUGAAAUGCAUUGACAUGUCUCAACCUGGACCUCAUGCUUUUCUGAUGGUACUGGCAAUUGGUCGCUUCACAAAAGAAGAGAAAGAAACAGUUCAGAAAAUACAGGAGGUUUUUGGUGAAGAUGCCAUUAAAUACACAAUGAUUCUGUUCACAAGAGGAGACGAUCUGGAGGGGAAAAGUAUUGAUGAGUAUUUAAGAAAUGCUGCAGAAGAUCUUAAAGCUUUAGUUGACCAGUGUGAAGGCAGAUAUCAUGUUUUCAACAACAGAGAUAAAAACUAUCAACAAGUGUCAACACUUCUUCAGAAAAUCAAAAAUAUGGUGAGAGACAAUAAUGGUCAGUACUUUUCCAACACAACAUACAAAACUCUGGAGAAACAUAAAAAAAGACAGGCUGAUUUACAACAGCAAAUGGAAACUGCUGAGAAAGAGAAAGAAAAGAAUAUGGCUGAGCUUCAACAAAUGAAGAAAAUGAUUGAUCAAGAGAAACAGCAGCAAAAGCAACUACAGGAACAACUGAGACUCCUGGAGGCUGAAAAUCAUAAGAUGAGUUGUGCGCAGAUGGAGGAAGAAAAACUGAAGCAUCGCUUAAAGGAAGAGAAGCUGAGGAGUGAAAGUGAAGAGCGUAAUAAUAGAAUGGAGAAAGAUAUUCAAAGCCUCUUAAAAAAAAUUGAAGAGCUGCAACAACAACAGCAGCAGCAACAGCAGCAGCAGCAGCAACAGAAGAUAUUAACUGAUAGCAUGAAUAAAUGCAAUAUUUUAUAA